UUUGGCAUUUGGCAUUCAAGUGCAAAUUUAGUUGCACUGGUGGAUAUCGAUCAAAUACUUCCCCUCCAUCCUUCGGUAAUUGGCCUCAAAACGCAGAGACCAAAUGGUCGUGGCAAAGGAGCACUUUGUUCUUGUUCAUGGGGAAGGGCAUGGUGCCUGGUGCUGGUUCAAACUUCGCUGGCUCCUUGAGAGCUCUGGCUACCGAGUAACAUGCAUAGACCUUGCCGGAGGUGGUGUCGACCCUACCGACCCCAACUCGGUUCGAUCGUUCGAGCAUUAUGACAAGCCUCUCCUGGACCUCAUCUCAACCAUGCCAGAGGGCGAGAAGGUUAUUCUUGUUGGACAUGGUGCUGGAGGGUUGAGUCUUAUUCAUGCAAUGCACCAAUUUGUUGACAGGAUUAGACAAGCAAUUUUUGUGGCAGCUACGAUGCUACCAUUUGGACUUCAAACUGACGAGGAUAAGAAAGAUGGUUUACCAACAUUGCCUGAGAAUGAGAUCGAGUUGACAUUCAGUGCAGGAGUAGAUGAUCCUCCAACAACUGCUGCCCUGAGACCAGAAUUCCAGAGAGAUCGAUUAUCCCAACAAAGUCCUGAAGAGGAAUCAGUACUCGCUUCAAUGCUGAUGCGUCCGUGGCCUGUGGCAGCUAUUAGCACUGCAAGCUUUGAAGGAGAUGAUGAGAGACUAAAUCGAAUCAAACGGGUUUUCAUAAAGACAGAACGUGACCAUAUGCUAGACCCUCAGCAGCAAGAUUCCAUGAUCAAGAAAUGGCCACCCAGUGAGGUUUUGGAACUAGAUACGGAUCAUAGCCCCUUUUUUUCAGCACCAGAACAGCUCUUUAAUCUAAUAGUCAAAUCCCUAUGAUGUAAAUCUGCAAACAACUCAAACAUCCAGGGCAGGGAAAUUUCUCCAAAUUAUUGUACCAGUGCGUAUACACAACAACCUUAUGCUGGAUUAG